AGCCAGGCCUUUGAUUUUGAAGUUUAAGCUUUAAAGUAACUACACAGAAUACAUUUUAACUUACGGAAAGUUAACACUUGUCAGUUUUCUAAAUACUAUUUCAUGAAUUGAAUUGACCCAAAAUCUAAAUUUUGCAAUUAAACAAAAUUAUUUUAUUGUAUUUAUCGUAUAAUUAAAUUUCAUGUUAUUGAUGUUUCUGUGAUAUUAAACAAGGACAUAAGUCGAACUCACUCGAUUUAAAAUAUAAAAGGUAAUAAUUAUCGAACCGUGUUCAUACAACUACAAAUAUUUGUGGGCCACUAUUCAAAUCAGACAAGAUGCAACUAUCCAGCGAUCCAAGAAGAUCUGAUCGUGAGCGACGCUAUAAACCACCUCCAACUAACUCAGCCCCUGCUGAAGAUCUCACUACAGAUUACAUGAAUAUUCUUGGAAUGGUGUUUUCAAUGUGUGGGCUAAUGAUGCGUUUGAAAUGGUGUGCUUGGACAGCAGUGUUUUGUUCAAGUAUUAGUUUUGCAAACUCCAGGGUGUCAGAUGACACAAAACAGAUAAUCAGCUCAUUUAUGUUAUCAAUAUCGGCUGUUGUUAUGUCAUAUAUCCAAAAUCCAGCCCCAAUGUCUCCUCCAUGGGCAACACUUAUGUAAUAUAAUGCAGUUAAAAUAAAUGAUUAAUUAUCAUCACAUUUAAUCUUUA